AAGGAACUGUCUUCUGCAAUAGUCACUGUCUGCACACUCUAUAGAAACUUGAACACACAAAAUUAGUACUAUCUUCUUCAACACUCUUCUUCCUUAUCUUUCACACUACUUUUUUCUUUCCCUUUUGCUCUCUCUUCUCUCACUUCUGUUAAGAAUGAGUAAACAGGACUUGCUGAAAAUUCAGACCUGUGUUCUCAAGGUUAAUAUCGACUGUGAUGGCUGUGCACAGAAAGUUAAGAAAAUCCUGCAGAAAAUCGAUGGUGUGUAUUCCGUGAAAAUAGAUGCAGGUGGAGGGAAAGUGGUAGUGGCAGGGGAUGUGGAUCCAGAGAAACUGGUGAAAAAGAUAAAGGUGGGAGGGAAACAUGCUGAGAUAUGGGGUGGCCAGAAUAGGAACCAUCACAUCAACCCUAAAUUCCAGACCUUGCAAGUUGAUAACAACAAAGUGGGAAGGGACAUUAAGUCCCAAAACCAGAAGGGUCAGAAAGGUGGUGAUGGUGGUGGAGGAGGUAAAGGUCAAGGUCAAGUUGGUCAAAUGGCACACUUCACAAACAUGAAAGGGAUUCAAGAUCUCAAGGAACCUGUCAAGGAACAAAAAUCUGUUAGGUUCAACUUACCAGAGAAGGAGUUUGAAGCUAGUGAUGAUGGUUUUGAUGAAUAUGAGGACAAUUUAGAUGACUAUGAUGAUGAAGAGGAAGAUGAAGAUGAAGUAAUAGGCCAUGGGCAUGGGUAUGGGCAUGGCAAUCCAAUGCAUCAUAAGAUGAUGCCAAAGAUGGGAGAUGGAGGUGGGCCUCAUGGGCCUGCUGGUGUAAUGAAUGGGCCUGCCAUUAAUAAUGGCCAUAAAGACAAUGCUGGUGGGAGUAGGAACAAUAAUGGAAGUGAUAAGAAAGGUGGUGACAUUGAUCAAGCAAUGCUAAUCAAGGGCAAAGGUGGGAAUUACAAUGAAGCCAAAGUUGAUGAUAAUGAAGGGAAGAAAAGUAGCCAAAAAGGUAAAAAGAAGAAGAAAGAUGAGAUUAAAAAAAAGGAUGGUGGAUUGCUAGGUAGGUUUCUAAGCUUUGGGGGAAAGAGCAAAAAGGUUGGAUUAGAAGAAGUAACUUAUACCAGUAGCAAGAACCAAAGCAAUGAAAGUGGAAAUAAGAAAGACAAGGAAGGAAAAAUGAAGGACCAUAGCAAUGGUAAAAAUGAUUUUGAUUUUCUUGAUUAUGACAAGACUCCUCUUCUUCAUAAAAAUGGCAAAGUAGGUCAGAUGGAUCCAAGCCAAAAAGGGUAUCAGGCAUUGCAGGGUGAUGCAAUGGGACAUCAAGGAAUGCAGAUGCAGCAUGUUCCAUAUAAUAACCUUCUGCAGCAGCAAUACAUGGCUAUGAUGAUGAACCAACCUCAACAUCAGCAUCAACAUCAUUAUCAACAUGAAACAAAUAUGAACAACAUGUAUCCUACAAACAUGAUGUAUGAUAGGCCACAUCCGUCUAUGAACUACAUGGCACCACCUCCUAUGCCAUCUCACCCAAUGGCUGAUCCUAUUACUCAUACUUUCAGUGAUGAGAAUGUUGAGAGCUGCAGAAUCAUGUAGUAAUUAGUAGUUACAAACUAUUACAUUCUGUGUUUUGGUAUUUUGGGAGUUCAUAGAACUGGUAAAUGUGUAAUCUUUAGAUUAGAUUAUAUUAUACUUUACAUUAUAAAUCAUAGUAUAAUGUCUUCUUUUUUUUUCA